AUGUUUUAGAAUGAUGGUAAUGGCUAAUCGCCUAAUUGGUAUUCGUUGGAAAGAUAGACGGUUAAGGUUAUUCGGAAUAAUGCGAAUUUAUGCCCAGGAAUAAAAAAUCAUACAUCUGUUCAUUACAAGAAUUAGAUAUUUAUAUUUGGAGGAUAUGAUUCUAAAAAGAAUCACAAUGAUAUCCACAUUUAUAAAGAUGGAAAUUGGACAAAGUGUAAAGCCAAUGGGAGAAUUCCAGAGAGUAGAAAUGGACAUACAGCAACAGUAGUAGAUAAUAAGAUGUACGUAAUUGGUGGUUGGUUGGGAAGUGGAAUAUAUGCUAGUAGGGAUGUAUAUGUAUUAGAUCUGGAUUGUUUGAAUUGGACACUUGUAAAUACAAUGGGAGAAGUAUGAUUAAAAAAUAAAUUUAAGGUUCCAGGUCCAUGCAAUAUGCAUAGUGCUGAUUUAAUUGCUUAAUUGAUAUUCAUUUUUAGAGGAGGGGAUGGAAAGGAUUAUUUGAAUGAUUUGCAUAGUUUUAAUACUAAAACCAAUAUGUGGAAAUUAGUAUAGACUGCAGAGAAUUAGAGACCUCCACCUAGAGCCAAUCAUAGUUCUGCUGUAUGGCAAAAUAAAUUGUUUAUUUUUGGAGGUUGGGAUGGAUCUAAAAGACUGAAUGAUUUACAUUGUUAUGAUGUGACAACUAAUAAGUGGUGUGAAUUAAAACCAAUUCAAUCUCCUAGUGCUAGAGCAGGAAUGUGCAUGACUACUAUAGAAAAUAAGAUAUUCUUGUUUGGUGGGAGUGGACCAUAAACUACUUGUUUUGGAGAUUUAUAAUGUUAUGAUCCUAUUAAAAAUGCAUGGACUAUUAUUGAACUUUAAGAUGAUGAAUAAUUUGAUAAGGCUAGAGCUGGUCAUAGUAUGACUGCUAUUGGUAAUCUUAUUUAUAUAUUUGGUGGAUCUUGUGGAUCUUAUUAUUUCAAAGAUUAUUUCAUUAUUGAUACUGAUCCACCUCCAAAUAUUUCUGUGGCUGAUUUCAAUAAUAUCUCUAUUAAUCAAUAUUUCAGAGGCUUUUUCAAUUCAUCUAAAUACAGUGAUAUCAUAUUUAUUGUGGAAGACAAACAAUUAUAUGCACAUAAAAUAGUUUUAUCUCGAUAUGAAAUGUUUAAUAAAAUGUUUGAAUGGGAAUACAAAAAUCAACAAUAGAAAGUUUUUAUUAAUGAUUGCUCAUCCUUUAUUUUUGAAUAAUUAUUAUACUUUAUUUACACAGGAGAUGUAAAUAUAAUAUUUAUUUUAGUUAUAAUGUGAUCAAUUUUAAUAAUCUAUUGAAUUCUAUAGACAAUUUUUAUAAUUAGCUGAUUAUUAUUUGAUACUAGAUUUGAAAUCUUUGUGUGAGAAAUAGUUAUCCUUAUUGAUUGAUAAUACUACUUUGCCUAAAAUUAAGUUAUAUGCUGAAUAAAUGAAUGCAUAUCAAUUGUUAAAAUUUUGUGAUUGGUAUGAAAGCCAUAAUAACUGA